AUGAUCAUUACAGGCUGCUCCGGCUCACCAAUCUUAUGGAACUGUGAGCCCCGCACCCGUUCCCCACACCCGUUCCUCACGCCUGUUUCCCACACCCCUUCCCCACGCCCGUUCCCCACACCCGUUCCCCACGCCCGUUCCCCACACCCAUUCCCCACGCCCGUUUCCCGCACCCGUUCCCAACGCCCGUUCCCCGCACCCGUUCCCCACACCCGUUCCUCACGCCUGUUUCCCACACCCCUUCCCCACGCCCGUUCCCCACACCCGUUCCCCACGCCCGUUCCCCACACCCGUUCCCCACGCCCGUUUCCCGCACCCGUUCCCAACGCCCGUUCCCCGCACCCGUUCCCCACACCCGUUCCCCACACCCGUUCCCCACACCCGUUCCCCACACCCGUUCCCCACACCCGUUCCCCACACCCGUUCCCCACACCCGUUCUUCGCGCGCGCCUGGUCCCUGCGCCCGUUCCCCGCGCCCGUUCCCCACACCCGUUCUCCACACCUGUGGGAACAAAUCACUCGCUUCUCGCUCCCUCCCUGCACUCCUCCCUUUCGCGGCUCCCCGUCAGUGGUUCCUUGCACCCCGGCACCACUGCUUCUGCUUGUGUACUCAGCCCUGACAAACCCGCUGCACUCCUCCCUUUGAGUUUGAGCCCCACCGUGUGUGUGCGGUGA